CACGUGAUUUUGUCAAUCCCAAAAACACAUGUUUCAUCGAUUUGAAUCAUUUUUUUUUUGAAAUUUUCAUGUUUUUAAUUUGAACAAAACAAUGUCAAAAAUAAAGACGGAAAAAAAAUCUCGUCAACAUAAUGAAAUACAAAAACAAGGUAUACAAUUUAAUAAAGUUUUAGGACAACAUAUACUUAAAAAUCCAUUGGUUGUUACCAGUAUGGUCGAAAAGGCUGCAUUACGAUCAAGUGAUGUUGUACUGGAAGUUGGCCCCGGUACCGGUAAUAUGACUGUAAAAUUAUUGGAAAAAUGUAAACAAGUUAUAGCUUGUGAAGUGGAUACUCGUUUAGUAGCCGAAUUACAAAAACGUGUACAAAAUAGUCCAAUGCAAUCAAAAUUAAAAAUAAUUAUUGGUGAUGUUCUUCGUAAAGAUUUACCAUUUUUUGAUGUUUGUGUUGCUAAUCUACCAUAUCAAAUAUCAUCACCAUUUAUAUUUAAAUUAUUAUUACAUCGACCAUUUUUUCGUUGUGCAAUAUUAAUGUUUCAACGUGAAUUUGCACAACGUUUAGUUGCAAAACCGGGUGAUAAAUUAUAUUGUCGUUUAUCCGUAAACACACAGCUAUUAGCACGUGUUGAUAUUAUAAUGAAAGUUGGUAAAAAUAAUUUUCGUCCACCACCAAAAGUUGAAUCAUCCGUUAUACGUUUAGAACCGAUUAAUCCACCACCAGAAAUUAAUUAUAAAGAAUGGGAUGGUAUGUUACGUAUAUGUUUUCUACGUAAAAAUAAAACCUUAUCAAAUCUAUUUCAUCAAACAUCGGUUAUGGAAAUGCUACGACAUAAUUAUUUAGUACAUUGUUCAAUGAAAAAUAUCGAUAUUGUUGGUAAUGAAUUCAAUAUCAAAGAUAAAAUAACAUCAAUACUAACCGAAAUAAAUUUUCAAAUGAAACGUGCACGUACAAUGGAUAUUGAUGAAUUUCUUCUAUUACUUUGUACAUUUAAUAAACAUGAUUUUCAUUUUUCUUAGGGCAAAAUAUUGAUAUGAGAUAAAUAUGACGCACUUAUUAAAAACAUUUUAAAAAAACAAAAAAAAAAACAUUUUUCUUUUUUCCAUGAUAUUUUUUUGUGUAGU